AUGGGGAGAGCUCCAUGCUGUGAAAAAGUGGGACUUAAGAGAGGGCCAUGGAGCUUUGAAGAAGAUCAAAUUCUCAUCAAAUUCAUUCAACUCAAUGGUCAUUCUAAUUGGAGGGCACUUCCCAAAAAAGCUGGUUUAUUACGGUGUGGAAAAAGUUGUAGACUUAGAUGGACAAAUUAUCUAAGGCCAGACAUUAAAAGAGGAGAUUUCACCCAUGAAGAAGAAGAAACUAUUAUCAAUUUGCAUCAGUUAUUGGGAAAUAGAUGGGCGACCAUUGCAGCAAGAUUACCGGGAAGAACAGACAAUGAGAUCAAAAAUGUUUGGCAUACUCAUUUGAAGAAGAGAGUGAACCAGAAUGAAACUCCAAGAGAUCAAACCAAACCAAACCAGAAUGACGACAACCAUUUUCAUGAUCAACCACUGUGUUCGUUGGAAAUCAAAUCAGAUGGAGAGGAAAAUGUUGAUUGUUGUUCUAAGAAUAACGACGAUAAUGACAAAAAUGUCAGGCUCGUGGAGCUUGCUUUUAUAGAUGAUUUUUUGAAGAACUUAUUAUCAGAAGAAGAAUUCUUCGAGAACGAGUGGAAUUUAGAGAAGGAUUGUAUAAUGAUAAAAGAUAUUAAUCAAUCACCCAAAAAAGUUGAAAUUCCUUUGUGUGGGGAAGAAAUUAGCAGUUGUAGUUCUUCAGAAAAUACAGAUGAUAUCAUGGAUUUUUGGAGGAAUGUUUUUAUGAGAGAUGGAGAGUUACAAGAAAUUAAUAUAAUAUGA